CACCGAAUACAACUUGCUUCAAGGCUUCGUAUUUGUGUCUUCAAAAGGAUAAUUUCUCUGUUCUUUGCCUCAAUUUUCUCACAUAAAGCAGCUACAGCUCCUGGUACGUGGUGCUGACCGAUUUCUUCCACUAAUCUCUUGUUAGCAUCGAGGAGACGAUCACGAUCACGCUCACAUUCAGCCAACUUCUCAUCCAUUUCCAACAAUCGAAGACCCAUCUUCUCCAUGUUCUUCUUGGUUUCUCUCAACUGAAAUACGAGUGUGUCAUCCAUGGCCACGAUCAGCUUCAUUUCAGCUGACUGCUCAUCUCGGAUUGUUCCUCGAACUUCCACAGCUUUGUCUAUUUUUUGUGUUUUCGUGUCACUACGGUCUAUUACUUCGGGGAUCUGGGUAGAUGCCCAAGUGACAGCCUUAUUUGUCACUUUGACUUGAACCGCUUUCGAAUGAAGCUGUACUCGUUGAGCGGCUCUUUCGCGAUAUUCGAGCUCUGCCUGCGUCUUCUCAUACUCCCUCGCCAACUUCGAGUACUGCUCUUGAAGGGAAUGUAGCCUCAUGGAGAGUGCCGAAACCUCCUCUACUUUUUUCUCGAACUCUUCAACUCUUUCCUUUAAACUUGAUUUCAACUCCGCCCUUUCAGUAUUCUCAAUCAUCAUUUUCUCUCGGUCUCUGGUGCCAACGCGAUCUUCAAGUUCUUUCUCUCGUUCAAGAGCGGAUGACAGCUUUUUCUUCACGGAAUUCAGACUCUCUUCGAGUUUUUUUCGCUCAUUCCAUUUUGAAAUUUCAGCCUCAGAACUUUUUUGUCCCUCCCCUGCCCUUUUCUUGAGAUCCUCAAGUGUUGCCUUCUGUUCAUCGACUGUUUUUCGUAGCGUUUUAUUUUCUUUUCGUAUUUUUUCAAGAUCGAAUCGUAUCUUUAACAUAGUCUGUUCAUCUGGUUCCUUCAUCUUUGCCGCCGCUUUGGCCUCCAUUUCAACCAAGGCAUCUUCGCGAAUUUUCUCACAUGUCAGGAGCAAUUCCUUAUUGUUCGCUGUCAGUCGAUGUAGUUUCCCUUGAAGCUGUUUGAUGUCGUUCUUAUACCUGGCUCGCUCCGCUUCCCACUUUUUCUCCUUGCUCGGUUCCAAAAUAUCGGUUCCUGGUGAAUUCCGUGAUGAUUCAUUCCUCUCUACGCUCAUCUCUUUUUCGGCAGGAGCCACCGCAUCUUCGGUUUGUGCGUCGGUUUGGCAUUCCACGGUGUUUAGCGUGGUGAUGACACUUCGGCGUUGCUUCCGGUACAGUUCUCGAUUUGCCCUUUCAAGUUCUUCGAGUUCUUCCUUCAACCUCGCGACUUCACCGAAGGACUGCCUGAGGCGCUCUUCAGUUUCCUCAUCUUUGACUCGAACUUCUUCACGGAUGAUUUCCUUUUCAAUGAUAGGACGUGAACUGGCAGCUAGUUUCUUCUCAGCCAGUUCACGGAAGAUUCUCAGAGCUUCUUCCUUUUGAAGUAGUUGGUUUGGGUUUCUUUUAGCCGAUGCGAUGGGCGCUGCACCCGGAGCGUCUGGGUAGACGAAUGAGGCCCAGCUGUUGGUGGGCGUAGGUUAUAUUGUCGUCUUGAACAUGUGGCGUAGAGUGAUUGAUGGCUACUUUAUAGUUCUGAAUACAAAUCUCAGCAGCCUCUUUCAUUUUGACCAGUUGCUUCUCAAAAUCUUUGGAGUUGUCCUGGAGAAUAGUUUUCACCUCCACUCCAUCGGAAUCCGUCGAAGAAGCUUCUGA